GAUGAAGUGCAGAAAUGAACACCACACACUCGUUUUAGUAUUCUCAGAUAUGAUUAGAUGUACUUUAUCAUGUUUUUAUGCUACUGACCUAUAAGAAAAAAAUACUACAAAAGGUUAAACACCUAGAACCUGCAACUUCAGUACUUCUGGGAUGAUCUGAAAUCUGACAAGGAGAGAUUUUAUUACAGCAUAUUCACACCUUAUCUAAGCCUUCAGCUUAGAUUCAUACGCAUUUCCUUCAUUAGAAGUUGUCACCAGACACUUUACCUCCCAGGAUGGCUAACAGUCUCCCAACAGAGUUUGAUGUGGUUGUGAUAGGAACAGGUUUGCCUGAAUCUAUCCUUGCAGCUGCAUGUUCCAGAAGUGGUCAGAGGGUUCUGCAUCUUGAUUCAAGAAGUUACUAUGGAGGAAACUGGGCUAGUUUCAGCUUUUCAGGAUUGCUCUCCUGGUUGAAGGAAUAUCAGCAAAACAGUGACAUUGGGGAAAUAAAUUCUGCUGCAUGGCAAGACAUGAUCCAUGAAACAGAAGAAGCCAUCACUCUUCGCAAGAAGGAUGAAACCAUUCAACACAUAGAAGUUUUUUGUUAUGUCAGUCAGGAUAUGGAUGACAAUAUUGAAGAGACUGAUGAUCUGCAGAAAAAUUCUUCCUGGGUAGCAUCUGGUACCCUCAUAAAACCUCUGGAUUCUGCAUGCAUGUCUCAAGAAACACACUCAUUAUAUGUUACUAGUUAUGAAAUGCCUGCAAAAAGCACUCCGAAAAACAAUGGAGAAGUAACUGAUAUAGCAGAAACUUUGGUGAAAGAAGAAUACUGCGAAUAUAAAACUUAUAAACACACAGUUUCAGAUGGUGCUAAAGAUGAAAUCAAACCUAUAUUGGAAGACAACAGUGAUCCACCAAAGAAAAACAGGAUUACUUACUCUCAAAUAGUUAAAGAAGGCAGGAGGUUUAAUAUUGAUUUGGUAUCAAAGCUGCUUUAUUCUCAAGGAUUGUUAAUUGAUCUUUUAAUCAAAUCAAGUGUUAGUCGUUAUGCAGAAUUUAAAAAUGUCACUAGGAUUCUUGCAUUUCGAGAAGGAAAAGUAGAGCAGGUGCCUUGUUCCAGAGCAGAUGUCUUUAACAGCAAAGAGCUCACUAUGGUUGAAAAGAGGAUGCUAAUGAAAUUUCUUACAUUUUGUUCAGACUAUGAACAACAUCCUGAUGAAUACCAAGCUUUCACACAAUGCUCAUUUUCAGAGUACUUAAAAACCAAAAAAUUAACCCCCAACCUCCAACAUUUUGUACUACACUCAAUUGCAAUGAUGUCAGAAUCAUCUUGCACUACGAUAGAAGGCCUUAAAGCAACAAAACACUUUCUUCAGUGUCUUGGACGGUUUGGCAACACUCCCUUUUUAUUUCCUUUGUAUGGCCAAGGAGAAAUUCCCCAGUGUUUCUGCAGGAUGUGUGCAGUUUUUGGUGGAAUAUAUUGUCUUCGCCAUGAAGUACAGUGCCUUGUAGUUGACAGAGAAUCUGGAAGAUGUAAAGCAAUUAUAGAUCACCUUGGUCAAAGAAUAAAUGCUAAAUAUUUCAUUGUGGAGGAUAGUUACCUUUCUGAGGAAACAUGCUCAAAUGUGCAGUACAAGCAGAUCUCCAGGGCAGUGCUUAUUACGGAUCGGUCUGUACUAAAGACAGAUUCAGAUCAGCAGAUUUCUAUUUUGAUAGUACCUCCAGUGGAACAAGGAGCAUGUGCUGUUCGAGUCACCGAGUUGUGUUCUUCAACCAUGACGUGCAUGAAGGACACCUAUCUGGUACAUCUGACCUGUCCAUCUUCUAAAACAGCAAGAGAAGACUUAGAAUCAGUAGUGAAGAAAUUAUUCACCCCAUAUGCUGAAAGAGAAAUAGACAAGGAAGAACUUACAAAGCCAAGACUCUUGUGGGCUCUUUAUUUUAACAUGAGAGAUUCCUCAGGAGUCAGCAGGAGUUCAUAUACUGGCUUGCCUUCCAAUGUUUAUGUCUGCGCUGGACCUGACUGUGGACUAGGAAAUGAGCAUGCAGUCAAGCAAGCUGAAACACUUUUCCAGGAGAUCUUUCCAAGUGAAGAAUUCUGCCCCCCACCUCCAAAUCCAGAAGACGUUAUCUUUGAUGGUGAUGAUAGACAACCAGAGCCUCUUGGAUCCAAUAAUAUAAUAAUGGCCAAACUAGAAUCCUCUGAGGGAAGCAAAAACCUAGAAAGCUCAGAGAAGCACCUUCAAAAUUAGGAAGAAGCAAACUGGAAAUGCUACUUUGGGCCUUCAUUCUAGUAUCAGAAUAUUCUCAUUUAAAGGACAGUUUCCUAUAUGAGUAAUUAGAAGUGGUUAUAUGAUGAAUGCCAUGCAGAUGUUGUCUGUAAUUCUCUUUGUGACUUUCAGUCAUUGGAUGUCUUUGUUAACCUAUCAGUAACUGAUUUAUUGGUUAUUGGACUUCUUUUUGUUUCAGAAUGGGCUCUAUGACCCAGAAUCUUAAACAGGGUUAGCUUUAUUUUAGUACUGGGUAUAUAUAGGAGGGUUCCAUAUUAGCAAUGGUGCUUAAAGGAAGAUGAUAUUAUAUCUGCUGAUGAUCUUCAGAUUUUAUUAUUGUCUACAGGACAAUAAUAUCUAAGGCAUAUUUUAAUUACCUUUGCAGCUGUUACAGUUGCUACCACCUCUGAGUAGUGAAACACAUACAGAGGAAAUUAUGUGGAUUUUUUGUUUAUAAUAUAAACAUAUAGACAUGGUGGCAGCAAGAGCAACUAAUGCAAGUGCCAGUAUGAUAAAACAUGUUUGUCUGUAAUUGUUGGAAGAAUAGCUUUGGCAUGAUCCUUUAUUUUUGUAGGUGAUGUUUAUAAUACAUCUUUCAGUUUAAUUCUCCUACUUGACCCUUGUAACUGAUGAGGCAGUGACACCACCACAGUCUUAGACAUUGCAAAAAAGAGUCAGAGUUCAGGUAGUAGUUGAAGAGCUCAUUCUUGGGAGUUUCCAUCCAAAGAAAAUCUAGGGGAAAAGAUUAGUUCUGGUUUAAUACUUCAGAAAAUUUCUUCAGAGCACUGCUCUGGCACCUAAAAGAAAAGAACUUCUAAGUAAUUCAGGCUAAAGAAAAAAUAAAUUGCUCCAGGAAAAGAUAUUUCAGAAUGCCUGUUCUAAAAUUGCUAAGGAGAAACUGAGUGAAGCAUUUUUAACCUGGGAUUACAGAUGGUUUUUAAAAUCCAUCCAUAAAUAGAUUCCCCAAGGUUUCUCAGUGAAGGUGAAAUAAGCAAUCUUGUUGGCUCCACCACUUUGAUUACUAACAAUACAGUUGAUAGGAGUGAAUCAAAGGAGGGUUUACCAUGUCCCCUUGGUUGUGUCCAACCCCACAAAUAAUGAGGAAACAUCAUUAUAAUCAACUCCUGCCUCUUAGCUCUUAUCUAGAGGAUAGAAAACAUUUUUUCCAGAACUACCAGAAGUCAUAAAACUGGUUAUACUCUAGCAGUGGAAGCUUGUGGAGCUGUCAGAAGAAGUAAACUUCCUUCCCUUUAAGUCACUGUUUCUAUUCCUCAGACAGAGAAUGAUAAUCCUAUAGGAAGUGAGCCCUUUAAUUAUAAUUUUUGUCUUGGAACAGAGCACUUACUAUGUGCUAGGCACUUAUUGUGCUCUCUAAUGUAAUUAGACUGUAGUUUCUCAACAACCCUGUGAGGCAGGUAUUAUUGAAUACAUUUUCAAAGAGGAAAUGAAGAUGUAAUAAUUCUGUGAGUCUGGUUUGUGGAAGAGCCAACAUCGGAAUCCAGGCUUUCAUGAUUUCAAAAUCUUUCAACUAAUGUUAACUGUUAGAAGAGUGUAGGUACUGUAGGAGAAGGAAAAGAUGCUCAUGAAAACCAGUCUAGCAUUGCUAGUGAAGCAAAGUAUACACACAUCUCUCAGCUUAUUACUGAGUCAGAAAUAUGAAAAUAUAGAUUAAUUAAAAAUAAAUGUAGAUUAGAGCUAUGGAUCUCAUUGAAGCAGAAUUUGUCUAAGUUUUAACAAAAUUAUACUUUUUAAUGUAUCUUUUGAUCAUUAUGUUAUAAAAGGUAACGUUACUAGGCCAAAAUCUGCUGAGUAGUCUUUUGUUGGUCUUCUAUAUGUGAAGAAAAUGAAACAAGAAAGAUUUAAGUAAUUUUCAGCUUACUGAAGUAGAGAAGUCAUGAACUGGUAUUAAUGUAUCUAUCUUAAGUCUAGCAAAUCUAUUGUUGUGUGGAUUCUAAGGCUUAAACUUAUCAAAACAACUGCAAUGGCUGAAAUAGACCUAAAAAUUAGUUAUUAAUAUGUAAAAUAAUUUAAGAUGUUAAAUAAAAUGGAGGUGAAGCUAAUCUGGACCUAUUGAAAAAAUUUUAGUUUCAAUAUCAUGAAUAUUUUUAUUCAUAAGAAUUUGAGAAGAGUAAUGAGAAGUUGCAAAAAAUGAUAGAACCAAAGAAAAUGGAAACAGGAAAAUGUUAGAUUAGAUAAAAUAAGGGUUUUAAAAACUAAGAAAAUGAAUAUAUUAGUUUCCUACUUGAAUGCAAAUUGGAAAUAAAAAAGUUAUUACCAAUAAAAAGCAUUUUAAAAAUUAGAGGAUAUUAUAACCUAGUAUAAUGUUGUGACAUGUUGGAAUUUUACCCUUAUGGACUUAUGUGUGAACUUUUUCAAAUGUUCAAAGAAUAAAUAAUAUCUAUGUAUCAAAAGAUGAUAUGUUAAUAUUUGCAUUUUGAGGUUAAUAUGGCCUCAGUACUAGGAGUCAAACAUUUUGAAAAGGGUCUCAUUCUGAACAAAUGGCAGAAUAUUAGCAAAUGAUAUACAACAUAAAAAUAAUUAUUUACUGUGGCUCAGGAUUAUAAGGUUGUUGUUCAACAGAAUAACCAUUAAGUCAAUAUCAACAGAACAAGAUAGUAAAAAUCCAAAGUAUUAACUACAAGUACCUUUAAAAAUAUUAAUAAAACUCAUCAUUUUUUAUUUAACUAUCUCUGGUAAUGAUUUUGUUGGUUUCUCAUGGUGAUAAGUAAUUACUUAAAACCAAGAAUUAACAUUAUUCCUAUUAGGAAAACAUAUAGGAAACAUUUCUCAAGCAGAAAUUUAAUAAGCUUGGCACUAUAUUUAUAUAUGGUUGAAAAAGCUUGUCAUCAUAAUAAAUCCUUAAUAAGCAUUCAUAAAUGAGAAGGAUAAGAAAGCACAAAUAUUAUCGAUUAACAUGGCUUUUAAAGUAAUGAAACGUGUAGUAUCAUAAACAUACUGACAAUAAAAGACUAAUUCAGGAAGUUGCAGGAUACAUAACUUUUUUAAAUCUUAUUUCUAGAUUCCAACAGUGACAAACUGCAAUUUCAAGUGUUUGGAUAUUAUAUGUAUAUACAAGCCAUUUAAGGAAAGUUAUACAACUAUGUUGGGAUAAGUUAAGAAAGAUGAUUAUAUAGAAGCAGAUUGAAGGAACUGCAUCCUAAUGAAAAGGAAUUAAAUAGAAAAUCUAAAAAACAAAAUUAUAUUCCUCACUUUACUGCUUACCAGUUGUAUAAUCUUGGGAAAAUCAUGCCUACCUUCCAUUUCGCCAUCUAUAAAAUAGAAAUAAUGCUUUGUAGAAUUAUUAUGAGGAUUAAAUUAAUGUGAAAGAAAUUGUGUCCAAAGGACUGGCAAUAAGGUGAAGUUAGUAUAUAGAUUUACUACACUUCAACUUAACAUUCCAACUGGAUGCUUUAUAUAAUUUGACAGAAUUGUGAUAAAUAAUUUAGGAAAAUAAGCAAAGGUGUCGUUUUAACUUGGAAGAAAGGAGGAGUCUUGCACUUCAAAUUGUUAAAACAUGCUGUUAAGCAUCUUUUCUAAAUACAUUAUGGUAUUGACUAGAAAGUUUAAGACUGAUAAACCAGUUGGAAAGAAAUAUGUAAUAAUUACUGGUGGAAAGGUUAGCUGGACAUCAGUAUAAAAAAAGAAAUUAGAUCCACUUCACAUAUAAGUUUGUUCCAGAUGAAUUAAGAUCUUCAAUAUAAAGGUAAAAAUAAAAAGACUACAAUUCUCAUCCCAGUAAUUUUGCAAAGGAAACUUUAUGGCAAUGAAAAAUAGUGACAACGUAGAUGAGAUCAACUAAGAAACAUGAAAAAUGUAUACUAAAUAGGAAGGAGACAAAAAGAAGAGAUGGGAUAAAAGCUGCUUGCAUUAUACAAGGAUAAAGUACUCAAUAUUAUUUUUUUAAAUGUAAGUGCAAAUCUGUAGGGCUUUGUGCUCUUAACUAGGCAAAUUUAUGAAAGAAUUGAGUUCAAACUAGAAGAUACAGAUAAAAAUCAAUUCUUAGAAUGGUAUUCAGAUUUCCUAAUAUUAAAAAUGCAAGCUAAAGCAACUUUGACCUAGUUCAUGCAAUUAUAUUAGCAAAAAAAAAAAUUUAAUUGCAUGUAUCUUCAUACCAGUAGCAUUAUUAAUGUAGUUUUUUAAAGAACUAUUUAGAAGAAUAUAAUAAGUCUAUAAUCUGUUUUUUGAUAGAUCUAACUCACUCUGAGUAGCAUAUGGCCCAGGAAAGUAUUUUAAAAGAAAAAAAAAAGGCUAUUUAUAUAAAGAUAUUUCUAGCGAUUGCAUUCAUUUGAAUUUUUAAAAAAGCCCAGUAAUUGGGAACUGGAUAAGUAAAUAUUCAUGUAUUGCUAUUUCUGUCAUAGACUGUUAUAUAGCCAUUAAAUAGUACUGAUAUAUGUAAAACCAUAUGGAAAAGUGUUUAAAUGACACUCAAAAGUGUUAAAAUGUAAAUUAUUGUAUUUACUGAUUGUAUUUGUGUAAAAAUUUAGGUCCCUACAUUGGAAAGAAUCAGAAGAAAACAUUGUAAUUAGAGUUUAACAUUAAGAGGUUCUUUUUUUCUAUAAAAUACUGAUGUGUGAAAUAAAAAAUAAAAGAUUAAUUGGUAAAAUGG